AUGGGUUCAACGAGUGCACGCAAAUACCGCUUUGAAACCUCCCGUACUGAUGUUGCGCAUGACGAGGACUGGCAGAUAAUGGACUAUUGGGUAUUACAUCAACCCUUACUACAGUUUGUCGGUAGUCGGGAGUUGAGUAAGGGAAUUGAGAUAGAGGAUCGUGGUGUGCGGCGGCGCGUUCGUUCACAGUGCAGUCUAUCCUACCGCCUGCCCUCACAGACUAACGCAACACAGCGAUAG